AUGGAAAAUGGACAGAGAAUACCUCGGAAAGGCCGGAGGCUGGGCUCCAGUCGGCGGCGGCAGACCAGAGAGCCAGCUGAUGGCCAGGAUGCCCCGGUGGCCCCAGAGCCAGAGGCCUGGUCCGCCCAGGCAGAUGCGGAACUGCAGGCCUUYUUCCAGGACUGCGGAGCCCAGGAGAGGGGGUUUGUCACCCGCGAGGACCUGGCGGAGGCCAAGUUCAGUUUCCUGGCCAGCCAGGAGGAGCCACAGAUGAUCUUCGACUGGGUGGACGCGGAGCAGAGGGGCCRCCUCUCCCUGGAAGAAUUCGGCUCUGGACUCAGAACCGUCUUUGGCUCCAGCCUGAGCACCCCUCGGCUCCGCAGAAGGCGGCCGCUGCCCGCUCGGGUGUCCGUGGCCACUAGCUUCCCUGCGCUGGAGGAGGCCGACGCUGAGGAGAGGGAUGCAUUCCUUGCCCUCAUGGGGCAGCUGGGGACCAGCCCUGCCCUUCCUGAGCAGGCGGAGCUCUGGCAGCUGUGGGGGAAGCUGCGGCAGGAGGAGCCCCAGCUGGCGGGCAACCUGGAGGCCUUCCUGGCCAGGAUGAGCGGCCGCCUGCAGGAGGUCAGGGCUGACCGGGAGGCGCUGGAGCUGACCCUGAGGAAGCGUGACUCCGACCACCACCGCGAGGUGCACCGGCUCUACGAGGAGAUGGAGCAGCAGAUCAGCAGGGAGAAGCGGCAGCURCAGGCCGAGAGCGACUCCCGGGGCCUGGCCCUCAGCUCCCAGAUGCAGGAGGUCCUGGAAGCCAAGGAGCAAGAGGUGCAGAAGCUGGCCCAGGGCCAGAGGGAGCUGGAGGCCCGGCUCCAUCACCUCAGUGACACGCGGCAGGAGGCCGACUCAGAGAACCGGCAGCUCCGGGAGGCCAAGCAGGACCUGGCUGGGCAGCUGGAGGAGAUGCGGGGUCAGUUGCAGGUCACCAGGAGACACCUGGAUGCUGCCAGGGGCCGAGUGUCCUGGCAGAUAGAGGAGGAACCCAGUGUCCCCCGGUCCCGUGAGAAGGCCCCAAGCCCUCCAGCGAUUUCCCCGGAGGAGCCGCCCCUGCCUGGGCUGUUUGGGGACAACGAUGACUGGAGCCAGCUCCUGAACUUCAGCAGCCCUCCCCCCAAAGCCCUGCAGCUCUCCUGGAGCCCACCCCCCACCCCAAGAGACGCCCCAGGCCCCCAGACCCCCCGCGUGGUCAGGCAGAUCUCCCUCUCCAAGUCACACGCUCUGCCAUUUGGGCAGGAGCCAUCCUCAGAUCCAGAGGGGGCCCCAAGGAGCCCCCCGGGGCUGCCUGACGGCCCCGAGGAUGGGAAAGGAAUUGACCCUAAGGAGCUGGACCUUGGUCCAGAGCGUCCUGUGAAGCCCCGAGGCCUGGCACCCGACACUGAGCCAGGACCCAGCCCCAAGGCCCCCCUCCCCUGGAGGCCAGGAGCCCCAGCUGGGGGGUCAGGGAGCCUGGUGGCCGCUGCACUCCGGGUGCUCAUUCCUUUGGAGGCCGAGCCUGCCCCCCAGGGGGCUGUGGCCCUCCCAGAGGGGCCAGCGGAACCCUCCUGGGGCCUGCGGUCUGUGGGUCAGUCUCCCACAGAGGGGCUGGGGCAGGGCCACCCUGGGGGGCUAAGAGAGGCUCCUGGCCAGGCCCUCAGGCCAGUCGGGCUGCCUGCCUCCCCUCUCCGGAGGCUGGAAGAGGAGCCCAAGGCGGAGGCAGGAAAACCAGGGGACCACAGCCGGCAGGACCCUCGUUCCCCGCAGGCAGCUGAGGCUCCUGGCCUGGAAACUAGGCACCCCGCGUCCCCCCAGCAGGAGCCUCCGCCCGCCCCUCUCCCCGCUGACCUACCCCAGACUCCUGUGGGAGCCCCUGCUCCUGGACAGCUGUCCCCUCCAGGGGACCCUCCGCCCAGGGCUGCUGCAGGGUCCCUAGAGCCCCCUCGACCCGUCCCCGAGCUGGCUGAGAGAGAAGCGCAACCCGGGUCCCCAGUCACAGCUGCUCUGGCGGGAAGAGAAGCAGGCCCCUCUGGGGCCAGGGAGCCAAGGGCCGGGAGCAGGCCUGAGGACCUGGGGUCCAACUCCGGGGAGGCUGGGCUGACCCUGUCCCCUGGGGACUCCCCGGCCGGCGGGCCUCCAGCUGACCCCGAGUACCUCUUCCACGUCAUCUUCCUGGGCGACUCCAACGUGGGCAAGACCUCCUUCCUGCACCUUCUGCACCAGAACGCCUUCGCCACGGGGCUGGCAGCGACCGUGGGAGUGGAUUUUCGGGUCAAAACCUUGAUGGUGGACAACAAGUGCUUUGCGCUGCAGCUCUGGGACACGGCUGGCCAGGAGAGGUACCACAGCUUGACGCGACAGUUGCUCCGCAAGGCUGACGGGGUGGUGCUCAUGUAUGAUGUCACCUCCCAGGAGAGCUUUGCCCACGUGCGCUACUGGAUGGACUGUCUACAGGAUGAAGGGUCGGGCCAAGCAGUCGUUCUUCUCCUGGGAAACAAGAUGGACUGUGAGGAGGAGCGCCAAGUGCCCACUGAAGCUGGGCAGCAGCUGGCUCAGGACCUGGGGGUCUCCUUCGGGGAGUGCAGCGCGGCCCUGGGUCACAACAUCCUGGAGCCCAUGAUGAACCUGGCCCGGUCACUCAAGGUGCAGGAGGACCGCCUGAAGGGCUCGCUGGUGGAGGUGGCCUCCGAGAGGCCUCCCAAGAGAGCUGGCUGCUGUUUCUGA